AUGGUGCAGGCUGGUCACAUACACCUGCAGUCCCCCCCCGAGCUUUCCAUCCUAGCAUCCUGCAGCUUCCCCAGCGUUCUUUCAGAGGCCAUCGAGGCGAGCGUGGUCGAGCCCAACCAUGCCAGGAGCGCCGACGCCAUCCCCCUGCACUCGGCCUCCCCACCUCGCAUCGGGCUGGGGGCCUACAUGGGGCGCCUGCUCAAGUACUGCCGCUGCUCCCCGGCAUGCCUGGCCUAUGCCUACGUCUACAUGAAGCGCCUGGCUGCCAUGGGCGGCAUGGCGGUGACGUCCACCAGCAAGCACCGCUUGCUCCUCACCGGCACCGUCAUCGCGGCUAAGCUGGUGGACGAUCGCUGCUUCAGCAACAACCACUACGCGCACGUCGGCGGGGUGAGCCUGCACGAGCUGAACCGCAUGGAAUUGAGCAUGCUGCGCAUGCUGAGCUACCGUGCCCAAGUCGGAGCCGAGGAGCUGGCCGAGCAUCUCCUGGGCAUCACCUGCGUGCCAGAGGUCGCCGCCCUCCCUUUUGAUCGGCCGGGCAUGCCGCCGCCCUCCCCCAGCUGCCCCGCGCCCCAAUCCACCCCGUCGGCCCCGCUCGACGACGGCCCCACCCAGGAGCAGCCCCGCCACGUCCGGGCGCGCCACUGCAGCAUGGAUAUGGACACCGAGUCCGGCCUGAACGGCCUGGACGGUAUUGUGCCCGCCGUAUAG